CCCCCAAACAUCAAACAGAUCCCUAAAGAUAACCUUCCAUUUUCACCACCACCACCACUGUGUAAAAUGUCACACAACUCUAGUCACCGGCGAAACUUUCCGGUUCCUAACCCUGAAAUACCCAUAGAUCCCCAUCAUCGCAAACCCACAGAUCCUUCCAUCACCACCGUCCAAAACAUAUCCAAUCACUUCUCAAGAUUGUACUUGAAUCAUAAAGCUCGUUCUUCCUUAACUCAACCUAUUUCCGACAGCAGCUCCACCACCGCCUCUUUGACCAAAUCACAGAGUCAAAGAACCAGAGUUGCCCAAAAAAGAGGGAAACCCCAUUAUUAUUACACCAAUAAACCAGUGAAGGAACAUCCCCAAACCCUUGAUGAAGAACCAGAAGACAACAUCAAAAGAGCCAUUGUUGUUAGCAGCAGCAAAAUACCCACCAAGAAAGAAGAAGAAGAAGAAGAAGAUGUUAAAGGGUAUGUGAAUUUGAUACAGAAAAGUGGGGAUGAUGAUGAUGUGAAAAAAUUACAACUUCUUUAUGAUGUUAAAAAACAGCAAUCUUUAGGAAUGGUGAGGGGCAGGAGGAGGUCAUUUGGAGGAAGCUCACAAGCUGAGUUGGCUGAUUUCUUUGCUUGUAAUGGUGUCAAAGUGGUUUCUGCUGAUAUGCCUCCUUAUAUGCAAAUUCAUGUUGUUGAUGUAACAAGAAAAACUUAUGAUAGCUUGGAGAAGUUCACUGCCAAAACCCUUGCUUUGACUCUAAAAAAGGAGUUUGAUGGGGUAUAUGGACCAGCAUGGCAUUGUAUUGUAGGAUCAAGUUUUGGAUCAUUUGUGACACAUUCGGUGGGUGGAUUUAUGUAUUUCUCCAUGGAUCAGAAGCUAUAUGUUCUCCUGUUCAAGACUGCUGUUCAAAGAGCACAUUGAUGAUAUAGAAGAGAAAUAGUGUAACCAGUUGUACCUCAUGCAUCAAUAGUUGUAUUCCAAUGCCUGAAACAGUGGCUCCUACAAGUAAAUGGAACAUAGUUUCUUUCAAA